AUGGCCCUUGCCCGCCCGACCGCCGCGCGCGCCCUCCUCCGCCCGCCGCCCCGCCGCCUCUCGUCAACCCUCGGCGUCGGCGAGCUCCCAGGCGUGCCGUUCCGCGUCGCGCCCCUCCGACGCUCCGGCGAGGACGACCAGACCAAGCGAGCCCGGCUGCUCUACCAGUCCCGCAAACGCGGCACCCUCGAAAGCGACCUCCUCCUCUCCACCUUUGCCGCCGCCCACCUGCCCGACAUGCGCGGCCCCCUCCUCGCCCAGUACGACCGGCUGCUCGACGAAAACGACUGGGACAUAUACUACUGGGCCACGCAGGACGGCGACACCCCCCCGCGCGGGGAUGGCGCGCUCGUGCGGCCCGACCCCCCGGCGGGCGAGUGGGCGCAGACCGUCGGCAACGUCAGGCCGGCGCACCGGCCGGUCCCGGCGCGCUGGCAGGGCAGCCGGAUCCUCGACAUGCUGCGGCGGCACGUGGAGAGCCGCCGGGGCGGGGCGGGCAUGGCGUUUAUGCCGGCCUUGUGA